GCAAAUCGUGUUGCUCUUUGUAUAUGUGUGCAUUAGUCGCACAGCAAAGAUAUUUGAAUGAUUGCAUUAAGUGUUAUACAGUAAUUAAUGCAAAUAAUUAUAUGAGACUAGUAAUUAUAAAACUAGAGAUAUAAAAACUGGAAGAUAAAAACCCUACCUAGACAUGCAUGCACUAAAGUCAGGCCAAGUAGGUAACCACCACGCCUCAAUAAAACACGUGACAGACCCUGAUUCAACCUGGUUUGCAGUGUGCAGUUACAGCAGCUGUUCAUCGAUGAGCUGAGUACAUCUGCUUCACAGAUUAAAGCGUGGGAAAGCUAGGAUGAGCUCGCACCUUGCUGCCGUGGUUGCUGUACUUUUAGCCUCAGUUGGUGCCACACACCAAGAAGUAGUAGGCGAAGUGUUACUCGCGUUGGAAAAGGCUGCCGUCUUCUUUGAAAAUGAGUUUAGACACAUUAAUCUGGACGGGGUCAUGGGAUUUCAAAUUCUGAAUGUGGAGGUCAAGGAAGCUUUGAGAAGAUGGCCCCACACAGACCCUUGGGACAUACCUCAGCUCUCCAGAGUGAAGAGGCUGGUGAACAGGCUGAAUUCUGUCAUUAUCCAAGCAGUCCUUACACUCCAGGAGAGCGAUCCUACAUAUUAUAGAGAAUUUGAGCCCAUUUUGGGAGCUGACUUUUGGACAGUUCCUCACAUGUGGAACACAUCAAACCCAGUUCUCGUCUACCCGGCGUUCAGAGAAGUGGAGUGCUUUGAUGAGAAACUGAGUGACAAGUGUAUGACCCUUCUGCUGGGAACAUGGAAAGACAACGGGACUCCAUGCAUUAUCACUAAUUCCUGCAGGAACAUUAUGACGAGAUUCGGAUGUCCUGAUUACUCCCUGUCUCAUCAGCUGUUGUACUUCAUGUUUGGAGCAAUGAGAGGUUGUUAUAACAUACUGCAAGGGGAGCGCAGGGAGAGCCGAGCCAACCUGACAGACCUCGACUACAAGACGAUUUUCUGCUCUAACAUGAUGAAGCGCAACGUUGAGUUUGAAAAGAGUGGUUUCCCAAUCCAGACACGGGACAUUUUUAUGGAGAACAUAAUGCUAUGUGGAAUGGCAGGCUUCUCGGAUUUCUAUAAACCAAGCUGGCUGAGGCACAUCCUGACAUGGCAAGACUCUGAUGUGGGUUGUUUUGGGAAAGAUGCAUUGUUUAUCUUUACAGAGGAGGAGGAAAGCUCACAGAGACUGGAGAGAAACCCACUGGAGACCACAAAUCUUCACAAAAGAGUGAAGAGAAGAGAAAAAACAUUAAAGGAUGGAUGUUCCAGCCACAUGACUGCAGUUGCAGUGAGUACGCUGGGAGGGUACAUGAACUUCUACCAAACAGAGCAGGACAUCACUAAAAGACCACUGCCUUAACCAUACAGUACAUGAAACUCAUCUGUCAGAUUCUUCCUUGAGUCACCGUCCGCGUGUCAGCUCUAAAAAAUUUAAUAACAGAAUGUGGAAUCAAGAAUAUUUAUUACUGCUAAAACUCCCCUAUCUCCCAGGGUGUUGUUAUAAGAACUGCUCCCGUAAGGUGAGAUUUUUUAAUCCAUUAAUCGCUUCAGGGCUUGAAUAUUGUCGUAGAAAUGUAACUGCCUUACUCAUGUUUUACAGUGUUUGUCAAGUGCAUUAUUGCAGUGUUUUUAGGUUACACUGGUUAAGCCUGUAUGCUGAAAAACUCUGUUGUUAUAUGGUCUUUUGUAACACAAACUUAGUGGCUGUUAUUUAUUA